ACGGCGACGAUGCCUUCCUCUCUCUAUGUCCCGGUGCUCAUCGCUGGGAUGCUCAUCACGGGCUCCAGCAACUCCCUAUGGAGCAAGUGGCAGGACAUGCAAUGCGUCGAGAACUGUGGUGAUCCUAAUCCGCGGAAACACGUCCUGUACGAACAGCCGGUCUGGCAGACUCUGCAGAUGUUUCUCGGAGAGAUGUUAUGCUUCCUUCCCGUCAUAGUCGCUCUAAUCAAUGACCGCCGCAAACGUGCCCAUCCACCUGUCCAUCUCCCCACGGAAGCCAGCGCCCAGCAAGAUCUCCUGGAUGCACCGCCUCUGACGUCCACAGAGGACGCUCCGGCAGACGAUAUCCCCUUUCAAUCCAAGGACGGUGAGCCCAAACCUAUGCACGGUUGGGCAUAUUUACUCUUGUGGCUUCCCGCCGCAUGUGACCUCACCGGUACCACGCUCAUGAAUGUCGGCUUGCUGUAUACACCCGUAUCCAUCUACCAAAUGACGCGAGGUGCCCUAGUGUUAUUCGUGGGUGUCCUCAGCGUAUUAUUUCUCAGCCGCAGGCUUUGGCUCUACCAAUGGCUUUCGCUGGUGACCGUUAUGGCCGGCGUGUCUCUCGUGGGAUUUAGCGGCUCGAUGGUCAAGGACGCCGUGAAAGAUAGUUCCUUCCAGUUGCUCUCUUCGUUCGUGAGUUCGGCGAUGAAUGAGACUUCACCGGGCGCACCGGUCCCCCCUCCGGAGCCUAUUGAGGAGCCAGAGGUUACGAAAGUUCUGCUUGGCGUAUUCUUUGUUCUUUUUGCCCAAAUCUUUACGGCAACGCAGUUCGUCGUAGAAGAGAAGAUCAUGUCGCGAUAUACCGUCGCUCCGCUUGUCGCGGUCGGCUACGAGGGCCUUUUCGGCGCGCUCAGCAUCCUCAUCGUGAUGCCCAUUCUACCGAUGCUCCGCCCGUCUCUUCCGCCUUCCGCGCAGCCGUUCUUCGACCUCGAUCGCGGCCUUCGCCAGAUGCUCAACACGCCAACUGUCCUCUGGAGCGGCGUCGCCAUCGCUAUCAGCAUUAGCCUGUUCAACUUCUUCGGGCUCAGUGUCACGCGACACGUCAGCGCCACGGCCCGCAGUCUGACGGAUACGUGCAGGACGCUCAGUAUCUGGAUCAUUAGUCUCGGCCUGGGAUGGGAAAGACUCCUCUUCCCUAUCUCGCUGCUGCAAGUCGCCGGCUUCUCGUUGUUGGUAUAUGGCACGUUCUUGUUUAACAAUCUGGUCAACCCGCCCAAGUUUCUGCUGCCUCGCGUCGCAGAGCCCGGGGAUUUGGACGAGCGACGUGCCCUCCUGGCUCGCGAGGCCCUCGACGAGACGGCCGUGCUCCCUUCUGAACUUGGACGGAGCGGCUACGAUGUCGUGCCUCCUCACAACAACCAUCCCCACGGCCCUGCCGUUGCCCAAGGCCAGCGUCAGCGUUCUCGUUCUAGGGACGAGUAGACUGGUUACUGUUGGUACCCUCAAACCACCUUUUAAUUGUGUUGAAAUCUUUAGAUUGCUACAUCUAAAUGGACUGCGCUAUUUUUAUUUUUUUCGUGUCUCUAUACGUAGCUUGGGCGUAACACUCUUAAUCGUGACAAUAUGGCCUCGUGAGG